AUGCGGUGGAAGCUCGGCACCGCGGCGUACAAGCGCGUGCCGUCCCGCGACGCCGCCAUGGAUCCCGACCUCGAGACGCCAGAUCCGACAGCAGAGAAGACGCCCGACGGAGCAGGAGGAGCAGGGGCAGCAGGGGCGGGCCCGUCGUGGCGCCGGUCGCUGCCGCACGUGUGCGUCGCCACCGUCACCUCCUUCCUCUUCGGCUACCACACAGGGGUGGUGAACGAGCCGCUCGAGAGCAUCUCCGCCGACCUCGGAUUCGCCGGCAACACGCUGGCCGAAGGGCUCGUGGUGAGCAUAUGCUUGGGGGGAGCGUUCGUCGGGUGCCUCUUCAGCGGCUCAGUCGCCGACGGAAUCGGCCGGCGCCGCGCUUUUCAGCUCAGCACCCUGCCCAUGAUCGUGGGAGCCGCCUUAAGGUGGAGAGUGUGUUUCUGGGUUUCAGCUGUCCCAGCAGUUUUACAAGCUAUUGCUAUGGAGUUCUGUGUUGAGAGCCCCCAGUGGCUAUAUAAGUGUGGAAGAACAAACGAAGCAGAAAUGCAGUUUGAGAAGCUUCUAGGCCCUCUUCAUGUAAAAUCUGCUAUGGCAGAACUUUCUCGAUCGGAGAGAGGAGAUGAUGGGGAAAGUGUGAAGUUCUCAGAGUUGUUUUAUGGCCGCCACUUCAAUGUUGUUUUUAUUGGCACAACGCUCUUUGCUUUACAACAGUUAUCGGGCAUAAAUUCUGUGUUCUAUUUCUCAUCAACUGUGUUCAGAAGUGUGGGGGUGCCCUCUAGCCUUGCCAAUAUAUGCAUGGGGAUUGCAAAUUUGUUAGGUUCUAUUAUAGCUAUGCUUCUAAUGGACAAACUAGGCAGGAAAAUGCUUCUUGUAGGAAGCUUCUUUUUCAUGGCCUUCUCAAUGGGACUUCAGGCUAUUGGAGCGAAUCGUCACCUUGGUUCUGCAAGUGUAUAUCUUUCGGUUGGUGGGAUACUGCUGUUUGUCUUGGCAUUUUCGUUGGGAGCAGGCCCAGUUCCAGGACUUCUUUUGCCUGAGAUUUUCCCAAACAAAAUUCGGGCCAAAGCUAUGGCUCUGUGUAUGUCAGUGCACUGGUUUGUUAUUCUUGCGACUUCUGGAGCAACUUGGUCCACAGGUUCUGUACACAAUGUUCUCAUCAGCGUGUGUGGUAGGAGCAAUAUUUGUGCGGCGACACGUAGUCGAAACCAAAGGAAAAACUUUGCAGGAGAUAGAAGUUUCACUGUUACAAACACAGUAAAGCCGGGUGGGCGGUCUGUUCCCAGAUCAAGUGAUCUGAUCAUCUCUUGCGGACAGAAUCGCCCUACGCUCGGUGGAAAUGAAGAGCUAUGUGCCCUGUUUAGAGGUGCCAGUGAUUCAAAAAACAAGCAAGGGGAGCUUGGUGCAUCUGGAUUAAAUCCGCUUUAUGAGCUGAAGCCCAAUGGGAGCCCCUACUUAGCGCCUAAGGCGCUGGCAAACAUGCCCAGAAUUUUGGAAAAUAUUGGAAAUUUAUAA